UUUUCUGUCCUCCAAUAGCGUACAAUACAGUACCAACGACCCCUAUGAUCAUCUUCUUCAGGCGACCAGGACCGAGAAAUCAGCGAAAAGAUGCACCAGUCCAGCAAAUCCGGAAUCAAACGGCGAUUCUAGUACACUGUACGCGUCUUCUUCCUCUCCUCGCCUCAACAGUACAGCUGCCAACAGCCCUUGAUUUGUCCUUGAUCGCGUAGGAUUGAGCACGUAGGACACUCGAGUUCAUCAAGGACGUCCACCUCUUUCGGAUUAGUUGAAGAAUUUGCUUUCGUGUGGUGGUGGAAUAGUUAAUUUCCAGCUCGUUUCUUGUUCCAGUUUGCGGGGCAUUUACUACAAAUGUUGUUGCAGCUGCACCUAUACUAUACUGUAAAGGCACACUAAAUGCAUCUAAAACGAUACAAAGUGUCCUGGAAUUUGUGGAGUUAGCUGCUCCAGAUGCUUCUUUGGUUCCUUGUUUUUCUAAUACACAAAUAGGGUGGAAUACUUUAUCCAUGUGGAAUGCCAUGUGUCAAUGUUUUUUCAAAUAAAAGAUAGAGAUGUGUGUUUCUCAAACUAAUAAGUGAUAUUUAGGUCCAAAGGCAACCUAAGAUUUUUCUGCGACUAUUUGUCUAUGGCGGACUUGAGCAUUUCUUUUUUCUCUCUCCUCCUCCCUUUCUUCUCUCUAUCCCUCCUAGUUUUCCUCGCCUUCAUCGUCCGACCACACCCCGUCAAAGUUCCAAUUAAAAAUCGCCAUGUCUUCAUCACUGGCGGCUCAAGCGGUAUUGGCUUAGCUCUAGCUCAACAGGCUGCUUCAGAAGGUGCAAAAGUUUCAAUACUUGCUCGUAACAUUGGUAGACUCGAAGAUGCGAAGGAGUCAAUUCGGCUUUCUACUGGCCGUGACGUGGCCAUUUUCAGCGCUGAUGUGAGAGACUACGAGGCUGUUAAGAAGGCUGUAGAAGAGGCAGGACCAAUCGAUGUGUUGGUGUGCAAUCAGGGAGUUUUUGUACCUCAAGAAUUGGAGACUCAAGAUAUUGAGGAGAUCAAGUUUAUGAUUGAUGUCAACUUGAUCGGGACUUUUCAUUUGAUUAAAGCUGCUUUGCCUGGAAUGAAGAAUAGGGCUGACCGUGGACCUGGGUCCAUCGCUAUCAUAUCUUCACAAGCUGGUCAGGUUGGGAUAUAUGGUUAUACAGCUUAUUCAGCUAGUAAGUUCGGCCUCAGAGGACUGGCAGAAGCACUGCAGCAGGAAGUAAUUGGUGAAAAUAUUCACGUAUCACUAAUAUUUCCCCCGGACACUGAAACUCCUGGAUUUGCUGAAGAGAACAAGAGGAGGCCACAGUUGACUAGUAUACUAGCAGCUUCUUCUGGUUCCAUGAAAGCUGAUGAAGUUGCAAAGAAAGCUUUGAAUGGCCUUAAAUCAGGAAACUUCAUUGUCCCUUGCAACUUUGAGGGAUUCUUUCUUUCCAUAGCAACUUCUGGUCUAUCUCCUCAGAGAUCAUUCCUGAUGGCAUUUAUCGAAGUGAUAGCUGCUGGAAUAUUACGUGUUGUUGGUCUAUGUUUCCAGUGGAAUUGGUAUGGUAAUAUUGACAAAUUCCUUGGAGAAAGAAAAUAGAGAGCAACUACUAAACAGAUUCUAACAAGAAUUGAUAGUUUGAUCGAACAAAUGCAUUUCGACAUGAUAGUUGUUAUAGAAAUCAAACUUUUUCAUGAUGUCUUAUGUACCCCUAGGCUGUCCAAUUUUCAUCUACUUCUGUGCAAGUGAACCAAAAGAAAUAUGUAGUUUUGGUUCCUCUUUGAUUAUAUACAUUACCAAGUGUUUCUGGAUACUUUGUCCACUAAUUGAGAAGUUUUUCUAUCUA